AUGCAACUCUUGUACUCUUUUGUAUUCCUUGCCAUCGCUUCGUUGUACCAGACUAUCGCAGCACCCGUUGCUGAGACCAGUGAUGUCGGUGUUUCCGACGUUAAACGCGAGCCCUAUAAUCCAGUAUGGACGUACCCAGUAGCCUCUAGCCACGAUGUUACUGAGAUCCCGGACAACGAUGAGCUCGAUAAGCGCGAGCCCUAUAACCCAGUUUGGACCUAUCCCGUUGCAUCAAGCCGAGAUGUAGAAGACACUCCUGAAAACUUGGACCUUAAGAAGCGCGAGCCUUAUAACCCUAAGUGGAGUUACCCAGUAGCAACCAACUCGGUUGAAAAGCGCGAGCCCUAUAACCCUGUGUGGACGUAUCCUGUAGCGACCAGCCGAGAAGUUGCUGAAGAGAGGGUUGGAAAAAGCAACCGGGAGGUCUGA